CCAGUCUAGUUGGUGUAAAGACAGGGAAAAUUCUAGACUAUGAUAUAAGAACUAAACUUUGCAGUAUAUGCCAGCAUCAUUUGGGAAGAAAGGAAACAAUUCCAAAUCAUCAAUGCAACAGUAAUUGGCAAGGGUCAAGUAAAGGCAUGGAGCCUAACAUGGCUUUAUCCAUGGUUACAAGGAUGGACGACAGAGGGUGCACAGUUGGCAUUAUUCACGCAGAUAAUGACUCUACAACAACAUCAAGUCUGAAGCAAAAAUUUGAAAAAAUUAAAAAAAGAGACGACAAGAACCAUGUCAAGAAAAAUCUGUCGAAACAACUGUAUGCAGCAGCAAAUAAGUACAGAGAGCUGAAGGGGAAAGGAGUUAUUCCUUACAUACUUAGAUGCUAUAUGUAUGCUAUAAGUUCAAAACAGUCAAAGGAGGAUGAACUUUGUGAAAGAUUAGACAGUAUAGUUCCACACCUCUUUGGAGACCAUUCAGGCUGUUCUGGGGAUUGGUGCACAUAUUCCAAGCAACCCUCAACAUACAGAUAUAAACAUCUCCCAAAAGGUGAACCAUUGACAAAUGAGAACCUGCGUAAGCAGUUAGAGACAGUGACAGAAAAUCAAAAGAAAAGAUCAAGCCAACUUGUAGAUUUAGGCUCAACACAGAACAAUGAAAACUUCAACAAUAUAGUUACAAGCAAGGCUCCAAAAAAUAGAUCAUAUGGUGGAACCAGCUCAUUAAAAGCAAGAGUUUCAGCUGCAGUUCUUCAGAAGAAUGAAGGUUAUACCUGGGUUAACAAGGUUAACAAGAAAGCAUUGCUGUCACCAGGCACAAUUUCUGUUAGAGUUGGACAGAGGAUUGACAGAAAGAGACUCUGGCAAAAGAAGAAUAGCUCCUCAGUUCAUUUCAAACGUGACAGAUUUAAAAGAAAGCAUAAGAAAACUUUUCAACAAAUUAAAGCAGCAGUUAUAGAAGGAGAAACAUAACAACCACAAAUUGAAGAAAAUGUGUCGGUAAGAGACAUUGAAAAGAUUCCAACUAAAUAUUCUUUGGAAGGCAUAGACGAAUAUGUCGUGUUUGAUUUAGAAACAACUGGGUUAUCAAGAACCUCUGAUAUAACACAAAUAUCAGCAUAUGA